AUGGUUGAAACUAGUGCGGAUAAUUCUGCUGCCUGUGAUGGUCCUAAUUUUUGUAUUCGAUGCAAAAAUAAGGUUGGUACAGGGAUUAGAUGCAUAAAAUGUGGAACUCUUUCUCAUAAAAGCUGUUUAAAUAAGUUAAAGACAGUAGUAAUUAUUGAUAAUUAUACGUGUAUUUGUUGCGAGAAUACAGAUAAGGUAGGAAAUAUGUUGAAUAGGAGUACCUCCGAAUCUGAUAUUAAUGACAAACAUAUUGUCGAAAAUAUUAAUGCUGAUGUUGAAAUCUUUAAAGUUAAGCUAAAACACCUAGAAAAUAUCUUGAAAGAAAAGGACGAUAUAAUUAAAUAUCAGGAUAUCGCAAUCAAGUCGCUAAAUGAUCAGAUUGACCUAAUGAAAAAGGUCAACCACAUGUUUAAUGCUCAAGAACAUAUCCAGCAGAUACUACCUAAACAACAAAGUAAAUUUACCAAUGGCCCUCCAAGACAACCGAUGCUAAAAACACCUAACGUCACUUGCCAACCUAAUAAAAAGCCUAUUCAAGUCCAAGAAGUUAAUGCAGCUUUAGAAUCAAUAACUACCAAGCAACUCUGUGAUAAUUUCAUAAAUAUCCAGAAUGACACACUGCAAAGAACAACAAAACCAAAGAAUAUAUUAAUAGGCAACGGCAGUUCCACGAAUAAGUGCCCUUUCAAAGCUGCUCCAAAGAAUGUCAUGCGACAUUAUCAUGUAACCAACAUGGAAGUGGACGUAGAUGUUAAGGAACUUGAACGUUAUCUCAAAAACUAUGCUCCAGAUGUUACUAUGGGCAAAGACAACAACCCCGAAACAGCUAGUAAAUGUAAAAGAUGCAGCCAAGGCGCAAAAGUAGGUCUUCGUUGCGUGACUUGUGGGAAUAUUUCACAUGAAAGCUGCCUAAAAAAAUUGAAAAACAUUAUUUAUUUGGAUAACCAGACAAUAAAUUGUUGUUCCGACAUAAGUGAAAAUAACAGUGCUAACAACAACGGCACAAAUGGUUUGAAUGGCCUGCCUUCUAGCUCAAACCUAAAUGAAAUUUUAGAGUUAAAACUGAAACAUUCAGAAGAUAUGCUGACACAAAAAGACCUUACUAUUCAAAAUCAACAGAUCGCUAUUAGAUCACUUCAAGCCCAAAUUGAUUUCAUGAAUAAAGAAAUAACACAACUUAAAAAAAUUAACAGCAAUCAAGAUACUUCAAAAACACUUGUUUCUUCUGUACCCCACAUAUCUUCCGAUUUUCCAAAGGAUCAGAAUGCUAAUAUUAAAAGAAAUAAUACAUUUUCUUCCGCAACAGUUUCAGGAGCCCUCCAUCAGGCAGCAGCUACUGGUAUUUGUUUAGACAUUAUAAACUUAAACAAAGAUCAACCUGUUUCAACUAAUAGCCGAUUUUUAAAUAAGCCGAAAAAUGUACUUAUCGGCACCAUGCAUGGUACAAACCCCAACUUAAUGGCGGCUAGACAGGAAAUCAUGAAGUUCUUCCACUCAACUAAUUGGAGUCCAAGUGCAAAUGCAGAUACAGUUAAAACUCAUCUUAGGGUCAUUGACAAUCGCAUAGAAGUUUUUAAGCUAAAUUCUAGAGCGCCUGAGAAAUACACUUCUUACAAAAUCUCAGUGCCCGCUAGCGUGGUUCCAAAAAUAUUAAAUCCUGAAGUGUGGCCUGAAGGAGUUUACUUAAAUGAGUUUUUUCAUGCCAACAUAGCGUUAUCGGAUGUAACUGAUAUAUGUGAGGGAUUUCUUCUCAGAGUCGCUGUCCUUAAUAAAGGAGCGCUCCUUCUUACUACUGUCAAGGUGCCCUCCCCAGAAUCCGUAGGGCUGACUGCCAAAACAGCACAGGAUUGUGAACCACUGGUUCUACCUGCCUGGAGUACUUUUCCAUUUCGUUUUAUACUUGACAUCAUGGACAAUUUAAUAUUCUUUUUUCUUUAUCCUGGCUUUAAUAUUAUAUAG